ACCCUGGAAAUCGGGAAUUAACAUCUUUUUCAGUGAACUGACUACCAGGACAAGAACUCAUCUGCACCCGCCCAAAUACCAUGGCACUGCGUGCGCCCUUUGCCACCAGAUCCUCCCCUUCCAAUGAGACUUUCUGAUUGUGUCUACCAACUCUCCUAUUAGGAAACCCGUGGGCUGCGUGCAGCUAUUCUGUUGUAUUCUCCUUCUCACGCGCCCUCGCUCUCUCACUCGCGCUCUCGCUGGAGGCACACCAGUACCAGUCCGCUGAGAAGAAAAAACCCACAACUACGUUAAGCGAGCAGGAAAAUAUGCGCAGCCCUCGCCUUUCAUAGCAAUCACUACUUAAAUCUGGCAAGACAAGACAUCAGUCUUCCCGAGAAUGGAGUCCGUAAAACAAAGGAUUUUGGCCCCAGGAAAAGAGGGGCUAAAGAAUUUUGCUGGAAAAUCCCUCGGCCAGAUCUACAGGGUGCUGGAGAAGAAGCAGGACACCGGCGGGGAGACCAUCGAGCUGACAGAGGACGGGAAGCCCCUGGAGGUGCCGGAGAGGAAGGCGCCGCUGUGCGACUGCACGUGCUUCGGCCUGCCGCGCCGCUACAUCAUCGCCGUCAUGAGCGGCCUGGGCUUCUGCAUCUCCUUCGGCAUCCGCUGCAACCUGGGCGUGGCCAUCGUGGACAUGGUCAACAACAGCACCAUCCACCGCGGCGGCAAGGUCAUCAAGGAGAAAGCGAAAUUCAACUGGGACCCGGAAACGGUGGGGAUGAUCCACGGUUCGUUCUUUUGGGGCUACAUCAUCACCCAGAUCCCCGGUGGAUACAUCGCGUCGCGCCUGGCAGCCAACAGGGUGUUUGGAGCUGCCAUCCUUCUCACCUCCACCCUAAACAUGCUAAUCCCAUCAGCAGCCAGAGUGCACUAUGGAUGUGUCAUCUUCGUUAGGAUACUGCAGGGACUCGUUGAGGGUGUCACCUACCCAGCAUGCCACGGGAUUUGGAGCAAAUGGGCCCCUCCGCUGGAGAGGAGCAGGCUGGCCACCACCUCCUUCUGUGGUUCCUAUGCUGGAGCUGUGAUUGCCAUGCCUCUGGCUGGCAUUCUUGUACAGUACACUGGGUGGUCUUCAGUGUUCUACGUCUACGGAAGUUUUGGGAUGGUCUGGUACAUGUUUUGGCUUUUGGUGUCUUACGAGAGCCCUGCAAAGCACCCCACUAUUACAGAUGAAGAACGUAGGUACAUAGAAGAAAGCAUUGGAGAGAGUGCAAAUCUAUUAGGUGCAAUGGAAAAAUUCAAGACUCCAUGGAGGAAAUUUUUCACAUCUAUGCCAGUCUAUGCAAUAAUUGUUGCGAACUUCUGCAGAAGCUGGACUUUUUAUUUAUUGCUUAUUAGUCAGCCGGCAUAUUUUGAGGAAGUCUUUGGAUUUGAAAUCAGUAAGGUCGGUAUGCUGUCUGCUGUGCCCCAUUUAGUCAUGACAAUCAUUGUGCCUAUUGGAGGACAAAUUGCAGAUUUUCUAAGAAGCAAGCAAAUCCUUUCGACAACUACGGUGAGGAAGAUCAUGAACUGCGGUGGUUUUGGAAUGGAAGCCACGCUGCUGCUGGUGGUUGGUUACUCUCAUACUAGAGGGGUAGCCAUCUCAUUCUUGGUACUCGCAGUGGGAUUCAGUGGAUUUGCUAUAUCUGGCUUCAAUGUGAACCACUUGGAUAUUGCUCCAAGAUAUGCCAGUAUCCUAAUGGGCAUUUCAAAUGGUGUUGGCACACUGUCGGGAAUGGUUUGCCCUAUCAUUGUUGGUGCAAUGACGAAAAAUAAGUCACGUGAAGAGUGGCAGUAUGUCUUCCUGAUAGCAGCUCUCGUCCACUAUGGUGGAGUUAUAUUUUAUGCAAUAUUUGCCUCAGGAGAGAAGCAACCCUGGGCAGACCCUGAGGAAACAAGUGAAGAGAAGUGUGGAUUUAUCCAUGAAGAUGAACUGGAUCAAGAAACAGGGGACAUUACUCAGAAUUAUAUAAAUUAUGGUACCACUAAAUCUUAUGGUGCCACAACACAAGCCAAUGGAGGUUGGCCUAACGGUUGGGAAAAGAAAGAGGAAUUUGUACAAGAAGGAGUACCAGACUCAUAUCCGUAUAAGGACAGAGAUGAUUAUUCAUAACAAAAUUAAUUGCUGGAUUUAUUUUUAGUGUUUGUGAUUAAAUUAAGUGUGAUUGCACAAAAAAAUUUAAAAAACGUGGUGUAAAUGUAUCAACCAGGCAAGUCUUGCUGUAAAAACGAAGUCAAACUCAUGAAAUCACCACUAAGUGCAAUCUGUAGAAGUUGUGAAAUUACAUCAUUUCCAUCCGGGUCAUCCAUUCUUGCCUUUGUGAUUUAAAGGUUCACUGUAGAAAUAAGUAGUUACCCAUUGGAUUCGCAGGAGCUAAAACUCACCACCAUUUAACAAAGCACAAACAUUUGGCACAUGUCAUCCUACAGAAGUUAGGAAGCCAAAGCUACUUGAUCAUGCAAAAUGCACUUAUACAUUUGUUACAUUGUACUGCAAGAUAUCACACAGAAAUCCUGUUUCCAAAAAAAGUGAUACGAUCCUAUUGGCUGCACCAGAUGUUAACAAUAUUUAGUGAGUGUAAGUAAUGGAGCUGAGAUCUCUCAGUGGAAGAAGUAUAUUGAGCACUAGCCACUCGAAAGUUGUACUAGGUAAUUAUUUGGAUUGCAUCAUGUGGGAUAUUUUGUGAUCCAAAGGAAUAUCUUGCAGGGUUUUAUAUAAAAUGCUUGGGCACAAACACUUAUUUUUGUGAAAGAGAACUUGUAAAGUGAGGGGUAUGCUUCAUGUUCUUCCAUUCGUUACCUAACAGUAUGAAACACUACACAUUUCAAUAAAUUCAAUUUUUCAUGUAGCAUAUCACAUAACUUUUUUGCAAAAAACAAUAUAAAAAAAGAAAUAGACUUUAAUGUAUUUUUUAUUACAACUUUGUACUGGUUGUAACUUGCAUUAGGGGAAAAAAAAGAUAUAUACACCAUAAAGAAUCUAAUAAGAAAUUUAUUACGAAGAUAUAACCCUUAACAUGCAAUAUUGAAAAUAAAAGAAAUAGAAAGUGGUUUAGAUAUCCUUCUUCCUUAAUAAUUAAAUACUAUAUGACUCUUGUGCCACAGAACUAUAUAUAAUAUGAAAAGUAAACUUAAGAGAUAUUGUAAGUAGACAAUUUUAUUAUUUAAAGUCCCAUUUAAGAGAUAUUUGUCUUAAAUAUAUAGGACAGUAACUUAUAUUAAAAUUGUAUCUAUGUAUAUCUGUAUAUCUUAUACAUAUCCAUACACACAGAAACAUAAUAAACAAUCUUCACACAAACCAAAAAUAGCAUACACCUAAUGUUGGGUUAGGGGACUGUAAUUUCUACUUUCAUAGAGUCGUAGACUUUUAGAUGGGGAGGAGGUAUUUUGCUUGUCAUUUCUUAACCUAAUUCAACAGGAAUUGUGACAUUUGUGUACCAAGCAAUAAGUGUAAUGCAGACAAUUUCCUGUCUAUAUAUUGCCUUCAUUUUGCUUGUGGUAGCUGUUUGGGUGGUCGGAAUGAUUUCUGUUAACAUCAGACCGCUUUAUAUUGUUCUCCAAUGUAAUAAUGCACUUUCCAGUUCAGCUCAAAAUAUUACUGGUGUGUUUGUCUGUUCUGAAUAUUUGAUCAGCUCAUUGUGUUGUGCUAGUGACUGGACGCCCUGCUACUGCAACACAAACCAUGAAGUUUGUUUCAAAUGCAAACCAUUCUUGACCUUAAGAAAAUAAAAAUACCUUUUGCUUUGUGUCUCAAAGUGAUGUAAUGUGACCAUAGCUUUUAUUGUGAAUAAAACAAUGUGGACUGUCAUUUUGUUGCAGCAAAAAGGUUAAUAAAAUGCUCUAUUUAUGCUUUUGUAAAAGCA